GUACACACAGUUUCUUUAGGAAAGUAGAAAGCUAUCCUUUUUUUCUUUUGAAUCUCCACUAACCAACUUUGUGCAUAAACUAGUAUCCAUCUUGCAAAGAUCAAUGGAGACCAUCUCUUCCAUUUCUUUCCUUGCUCUCAUGCUCUUGACAUUAAACCUCCCAACACUCACCAAGACGCGCUCCUCGCCUUCAAGAAGACCAUCACUCUCGACCCGAGCCACGUCCUGAGCAACAAAUGGUCCACAAACGCCUCCAUCUGCAGCUGGACCGGCGUCUCCUGCAGCCUCAACAGGGUCACGGCCCUCAACCUCUCCGGCUACGCCCUCCGUGGAACCCUAGCCCCGCAUCUCGGAAACUUAACGUUCCUUCAGUCUCUAGACCUUAGCUGCUCCAACAACUUCACUGGCAACAUACCCUCUCAGCUGUUCAACGUCUCGGCUUUGAGAUGGAUUAAUCUGGAAGAUAAUCAGAUGUCCGGAGAGCUCCCGAGUGAUAUGUGUAUCAAUAUUCCAAAACUCGAAAGGAUUAAUCUCAGCAAGAAUCGAUUUCAUGGGAAAAUUCCAAAAAGUAUUUACCAGUGCACUGGAAUUGGGGUUUUCCAACAACCAGUUCAACGGAAACAUACCAACUGAGAUUGGAAAGCAUGCUUCUGACUUUGGCUGUUUCUUAUAACAAGCUGGAAGGUGAUAUUCCGUCUUCCAUCUUCAACAUUUCUUCUCUGGAAUAUCUGUAUCUCGGAAACAACAGGCUCUCUGGAAAUAUCCCCAUUUUCAAAUAUUCAACUACCAGGCUUCAAGUUUUGUAUCUUCGAUUUAACAAUUUGACAGGGGGCAUACCGGAAGAAAUUGGACACCUCACCUCCUUGAAGCAACUAUUACUAAAUAACAACGGCUUGACAGGUCAUAUACCAAGGCAAAUUGGGAAUCUUACUCUGCUGACAAAUUUACAACUUCAGUGUAAUAAGCUGUCAGUUUUAUGAUGCAGAACUGCAACAUCCGUGGAGCCAUUCCUUCUGGUUUCGGAAAUUUAAGCCGUUUGUCGAUUCUGGAUUUAUCAAUGAAUGAACUCCAAGGGUUCAUCCCGGCAACGUUGGGGAAGUUGAAGCAACUCGGGAAGCUCUACCUUAAUGAUAACAAGCUUGGAGGAUAUAUCCCUACUGAUGUUUGCAAUAUGAGUCAAUUGAGGGAGUUUUUCUUGAGUGUGAAUAUGCUAACUGGUCCAAUACCUGAAUGUUUGGGGGAUGUUAAAUCUCUGAGAAGAGUGUGGUUUGAUUCAAACGAGUUCAAUUCCGCACUUCCUUCAAACAUGUUGGAUCUUCCGGAUCUUUUAGAACUAAGCAUGUCUCCAAACUAUUUCGCUGGUCAGAUACCAUAUGAGAUUGGACGUUUGAAGGCUGUCUACUCGUUGGACUUGUCGUCUAACAUGUUUACAGGCUCUAUUCCCAGUGCAAUCGAAGCUUGUCAAUCGUUGGUGUAUCUGAAUCUGUCGAGUAAUUUGUUGAAUGGAACCAUCCCCGAGUCAGUGGGGAAGCUCAAGGGGUUGGAGACAUAGGAUCUUUCGAACAAUCAUCUUUCUGGUUUAAUACCUGACUUGUUGGGGAAGCUUGAUCUCGACUUCUUUAAUGUGUCGUGUAAUCGAUUGGAAGGGAGAAUACCUGAUGGUUUUUCCAACAUUGGUGCUCAGUCAUUUGUGAACAACUCUGGCCUUUGUGGUGAGGAAAGAUUUUAAGUGCCACCUUGCAAGGGAAGUCAUUCAUCAAAGAGUUUUGGUGUAAUAAUGAAAUAUGUUGUUCCUCCCUUUGUUGCAUUUAUGAUUGUGGUGGCUGGCAUACACAUUGUCAUAAGAAGAUGGAGGGUGCCUCAAGAGAAACCAGCUACUACAACUGAGGAUCAAAUGGUGGAUCUUGGUUGGAUCACAGUUUCAGAAAGGGAAUUCAUUAAGGAGACAAGUUCCUUUAGUGAGUUAAACCUACUCGGACGAGGAGGCAUGGGAGCCGUAUACAAGAUGGCACUUGGAAAUUGGGAUACAAGUUGCAGUCAAAGUGUUCAACUUGCAACACGAAAGAGCUACCAAGAGCUUUGAGACUGAGAGUCGGAUAUUGAGCACCAUUCGGCAUAGGAACUUGGUGAAGAUACUUGGUUGUUGUAGCAACCCUGAUUUCAAAGCCUUGAUUCUUGAAUAUAUGCCGCAUGGAAGCUUGGAGAUAUGGCUUCAUUCGCACAAGUAUUUUCCAGAUCUCAUCCAGAGACUGAACAUAGCAAUAGAUGUGGCAUCAGCCUUGGAAUACCUUCAUCAGUAUCACACAUAUGCUGUUGUUCACUGUGAUAUAAAGCCAAACAAUGUGCUGCUCGAUGCAGAUAUGACUGCUCGUAUAGGUGAUUUUGGCAUUUCCAAGCUCUUUGACAACGACGAGGUUGCAGUUCAUACUUUAAACAGGGCAACUGUUGGUUAUGCAGCGCCAGAGUUGGGAUCAGAAGGAAAGGUAUCUACAAGUGGGGAUGUGUACAGUUAUGGGAUACUAUUACUGGAGAUGUUUACGAGCAAGAACCCAACAGAUGAUAUGUUCGACGACAAGAUGAGCAUAAAGGAGUGGGUGGGAAAUGCAUUACAAUAAAAUGCAAUAAGGGAAAUUGUGGCAUCUGGUUUGAUAUCAAUAGAAGAUGGACAUUCAUCCCAAUGUGUGACAUCUAUUUUCGAAUUGGCAAUGAAAUGUUUAGCCUUUUCACGUGAGAAAGGAACUAACAUGAUGCCAGUAGUAGUUGCUCUUCAGAAGAUCAAAGCGGAUUUUACAGUAGAUGAGAUGAAGUAUGGCAAGUGAUACUUGCAUUGUAAAAAAAUUAAUUGCUUUUGUAGGUGAAUUAAUUUGGUGUGGCAAGUAUGGUUGUGUGCUGAUUUUCUAUGUACGUUUGAUAGUGUGUUUAUUAGGUUGGUGUUAUGAAUAUGCUAUUGUUUUCAAUUCAAAUAAUUGUAAAGAUACAGUGUACUUA